UAAUAUAUGUAAAAGUUUAUUUAUUUAUUUGUUUGCUUAUACUGUUUUAUUCUUUUUUCUUUUUGGUUCAUAGUGGAUUUAAGGAUUUUCAUUUUCUGGCGGCAGUUUGUCCGUUAAUUUGAGCCGUUGGCCAAAACUGUCACCCACUCCCACCGCUCACUGCGUGAGUUUGCAGCCAUGUUGAGCUGCUCCGCCAUUGCCACACUCUCUACAACCUCCAAUCUCUCUCCUCCCGCCAAGCCCUCCCUCUCUCCGUGUCUCCCUUCUUCUCUCUACUUUUCAUCUAUUUCUCCCCCGCUGCAUCUUUCAUCUCAUCAUGCGCGCGGUCAUGCCUCCAUCAAGGCCAAACCCCUGCGGAAGACACUCAAAAUUGUAAGCUCGACGGGUGAACCACUGAGAGUGAUGAUAUCCGGUGCCCCAGCUUCAGGGAAGGGGACACAGUGUGAGAUGAUUGCUCAAAAGUUUGGAGUAGUACACAUUUCAACUGGAGAUAUUCUGCGAGCUGAAGUAUCAGCCGGUACAGAAAUUGGAAACAAAGCAAAGGAGUACAUGAAUUCUGGUCGGUUGGUCCCAGAUGAAAUUGUGACCGCUAUGGUAACAACCCGGCUAUCUCUGAAAGAUGUGAAGGAGAAAGGCUGGCUUUUAGAUGGAUACCCACGAAGUUCUGCCCAAGCAGAGAGUUUAGAGAAACUGAAUAUUAGGCCUGAUGUAUAUUUCAUGCUUGAGGUGCCUGAUGAUGUUCUGAUUGACCGAUGUGUUGGGAGAAGGUUGGAUCCUUUGACAGGAAAAAUCUAUCAUGUCAAAAACUUCCCACCAGAAAAUGAAGAAAUCAAAGACAGGCUUGUUACUCGUCCUGAUGACACUGAGGAAAAGGUGAAGUCACGUUUAGAGAUAUACAAGAAAAACGUUGAGUUAAUCUUAUCGACCUACUCGGACGUAAUGUUUAAGAUCAAUGGAAACCGUGCAAAAGAAGUAGUUUUUGAAGAGAUAGAUUCUUUGUUGUUGAGAUUGCAGAAAGAUAAAGAAGAAAAAUCAAAAUCAGGUGAACUGAUAAGAAAUGAGAACCAAGUAUAUAAGUUGUCUUCAGAAAAGAAUAAUUGGAGAGGAAUACCGACAAAACUGAAUAACAUUCCUCACUCUAGAGAAAUCAGGGAAUACUUCUAUGAGGAUGUGUUACAAGCAACCAAACGAGCAAUAGAAAAUGGAAAAACUCGAUUGAAGGUGGAAAUCAGUAUCCCGGAGCUUAAUCCAGAAAUGGAUGUCUAUCGAAUAGGUACUCUAAUGGAGCUGGUCCGUAUUCUUGCUCUUUCUUUUGCGGAUGAUGGAAAGCGCGUCAAGGUCUGUGUGCAAGGGUCUAUGGGAGAAGGAGCAUUAGCUGGAAUGCCACUGCAACUUGCUGGAACUCGGAAGAUUUUGGAGUUCAUGGAUUGGGGUGAUGAUGGUGCUAUGGGUACCUUUGUCAAUAUCGGUUCUAUAGGUGCCCAGGAGGUUGAGGAGCAAGAUGGCAUCUAUAUUUUAGUGGCUCCACAAAAUGCAGUAGGGAACUGUAUUAUUGGUGACCUAAAAGCUAUGACUGAUGCUGCCGCUCAUCGUCCAGUCAUUCUUGUCAAUCCUAAGCUCAAGGAUGUACCAGGUUCAAGUGGUAUCAUGCAAACUAUGGGCCGGGAGGAAAGGUUAGCAUAUGCUGCUUCGUUUGAGAUAUGCUACUUCUUCCGGUUACUCUACUAUUACGGAACCCAAUAUCCGAUCAUGGGUGCCCUCAGGAUGUCUUACCCGUACGAAUACCAGCUCUACAAGAGGGUCGAUGAAUCUCCCAAGCAGGAGAAAUACGAACUCUUGGCAAAAUUCGAGAAAAGGCCAAGUGGCGAAGAGAUUAAUGAUGCGUUUGAAGGAAAAGUCAGAGAUAAAGCCAAAGAAUCGAAAGGAAUAUGGGGCUUCUUAAGCAGCAUAUUUUGAGAGGAAAGGCAGAAGUCGCCUACUUUGCUGAGUAUCAACAAUUCUUUUCUGCAUAUGGGAGAUGAUAUCAUGUCACCGUACAUUUGAAGAUUAGAAUCAUGUUUGUCUACGAGCAAUCCAUGCGCUGUUCUUAUAGGAUCAUCGUCGUUUUCAAAGGUUAUGGAGUCUCCCCCUAUUAGGUAAAACAUUGUGAUGGCAUCACUGCUGUUUGAAGGAUGUAAUUUCUGCCUGAAACCUCCUUUUUCCCCUUAAUUUGAAUAUGUAUAUAGAACUGUUGGACUCUGUUUCAGAAUUUUGGGAGUGGGAAAGGUGAAACUCAGAGCUGUCUUAGUUGUUGAAGAACUACCUUGAUGAGAUUUUCUGGUUACUUUGUCAUCCAAAUUUGAUUGAUUUUUAUUUUAAUUUUUAUUUUUUA